CACUUGACGAUUACGACGCGCAACGUACAUGCAACCAUACGUACGUUCAUCCGGCCUCCUCGUUACGUGCCAUUUCUGCCCUUUCAUCGCGACGCGCAGCAGCAUACGGCAAAUCUGACAUGUGACCUGUGACAUCAUAAUCGCUGGCAGUUGGAGUAUGUAGAUGGGAGCGGUGGUGGUUGCUGUUCUCGCUGUAGCUGUAGUUCGUAUUUCUCAGUAUUAACUUACGGCAAUAUUACGCAAGUGACCCUGCAGCGUUUUUCUGAGAGCUGCUUACAUCCGUGAAGUAUCUGUCAAUUUACAUCGUUCCACGGCGUCGGUAGCUGGUGAGUCACUAUGCGCAUGUUUGUUUACAAGGCCGUCAACAUAAACAAUUUGUCUGGCGUUCUCGUGUUCCAACUGUAGUGUUGUUUACCCCCGAUCUGUUUGCGACGGGAACUGUGAAAGUCAUGUCCGAAGACAGUGUGAUUGAAUGCCUGCGGUGCCUCUUCGAGAAUGUUGCACUCGGACCGUCGGACGAGUCGGUUCAUAAACCACGAGAGGGAGCCCGUUUAUCGAUAGACGAUGGUUACGCAUCAUCGUCGUCGCAGGAGUUUGAUAGCAACGACAGGAAUGCGGGACUUUCGCCAGACGAGAAGAAUGAGCCAAAUAUUGAACAAGUUGUUUGCCGUGGCCCAGUGCGUGUGAGAGACGAGAAAAUUCGCGCAUCUCCAUACGGUGACGCUUUUCACCUGGGCUAUGAAUUUGACCAGGAUGCUGUGCAAAUUUUCGCCUUCGAUAACACCUCUUACACUCGGGUGCCCCAUGAGACCCCGGGACCGUCGCCUAAUGCAACCUCCAGACCGAACACAACCAAUUAUCAAACACCGAGUCCAAGCUUCGACAGCACGAGUCCCUACGGUACGUCCGUCGACUCGCCGUUUUCGAACAGCUCCUCGGGAUCUCCUCUCAAUACCAAUAACUUAAGUUACCCGCAUUACGCCGAAACUCAAAGGAAUGAGUUGGAAGCGAGGCUGGACACAGCAUCCAGCGUGCUGCUGUCUCCGGAGCAGUCCAACACGUGUGACGGGCAGCUGGGAAAGGCUGAUUCUGAGCUCGCUCAUGCCUUACAGAACACAACCCAACUGACUUCUGAUAUACCUUGUCUGGAUGCAGACGUUGAUCUAAGUCAACUGUGUUACAGCGAUGGCAGCAAUUUACUUGCUUCGUAUGGGCAAGACUUGCAAGAUGCUCUCCUGCCCGAAGAUUUGAUGAACCCAGAAUUUUUUACUCUCAUUGAUAACAUAAUGAAAAGUGAUGCCGUCCAGGGCAGCACCGACCCUCUCACAAAUGCGAGUGACGGCCAACGUAGCAGUUCUAGCCCAGGUUCAGUCCCGACUGUGCAGGACGCUCCCGACCUGUCGCUAGGGGCCGCAAUCAACACAUCCCUUCUUUCAGAAGUUAACCUUCCCUUGGAUUCACCCACAGUGUUCCUUCCUGAGCCUAUUCAAGAGCUGAAUAAUGCAAGUAGGCCCGUGCCCAUUUUGCCUAAGCCGGCUGCUGUCACUGUGGCAUCUAGCCCAAGUACUUCUCCUGGGCCUUUGCCACCCCUUAUCCCAGUCAGAAGAAGUACCCACCUGAGUGGGGGUGCUAGGGUGCUGCCUCCUGAGGAACGUGCCCUACAUGAUUCCUGCCUCCUCGAUGAGCUUAAUAGGGCCCAGGCUACCGUGGCUUAUCUCGUGUCCAAGAAGAAGCUUCACACAAGAGACGACUUUGGCAAAACAUAUCUUCACCAUGCAGUUGCAACGGGUGAACGGGCAGUAGUGUACUGGUUGGUGAAAAAAUACCUGAAGAACCCCGAAAAAUGGAUCUCCAUCAAUGUGCAGGACAACCUGAAAUCUACACCACUUCACUAUGCGUGCAUGGGGGGGAACUCCUUGGUGGUGGGCUACUUCUGUGAGGCUGGAGCUGCUGUCAACAUGGCCACUGAAGAGGGUAACACUCCUCUGCACUUGGCUGCCGAGAGGGGCUUCACGGAAGUCGUUGAGAAGUUGCUCAAGGUGCCCGGCAUCGACAUUAACUUGGGCGACAGAAAGCGACGCACUCCGUUACAUGCUGCUGUCAUGAGCCACAAUAGGAUUAUGGUUAACCAAAGUGAUCGCUCUAAGAAGACUCAGCUUGACUGCAGAGAUGUCAUCAUAAAGCUGCUACAUCAUGAAGCCAGCAUUUGUGAGCAGGACAUUGUCGGUGAGACGGUCAUCCACUAUGCAGUCCACACACAGAAGUUUGACUUGCUGAAGGUGUUCACCAGCUAUGGAAACAUGAAUGCUCUGGUGAAGAAGAACAAGGCUGGCAACACAGCCCUUCACAUGGCCUGUAUGAUGUCAGAGACUGGGUGCAGUGAAGAAGUGCAAGAAGUGUUUGUGAAACACCUAGUGAGCAGUUCUGCACCUAUGAACAUCGUCAAUGGCUCUGGAAAGCUGCCCAGGGACUUAGUACCACCCAAUAGGACCUCAGUGCUUCGGUGGCUGCCUGCUCUGUAAGCUCAAUUUCUGCCUCAUGACCAUGACCAUGAAGGGAUUUCUUCGGCCACCGAAGAGCAAGUCAGAAAGAAAUGGCAUACAAUGUCAACAUCUCUUCGGUAUCCACAGCUAGGACCACACUUCUUCACAAGAGAGAAUAUAUGUUGAUUCCCUUCCAUUCCUUUUGGAUUUGAGAAAGAAUGUUUGAAGUUGUGUCACACUGUGUGAAGCUAGUUUACCCUGAACGUGGUGUGUCAUUUCAAGACUGUUUCUAUGGCGCCGGAGUGACAUCAUCAUCCUGAACGUGCUGGGAGAUGCGACUUGUAAAGUAGAAAUCCAGGAUAUGAGAUUUAGCGUCCACAGUCUGAAAUUAUGUUAAAGAAUGUUCUGCUUAUCUUUAGCAUAACAUUAUCAUGUGAUGUCCAUUGUAACAUGGACAUAACAUGUAUGUAAUGUCCAUUAGGACACUUGGGGUACCAUGAAAUACAUAAAUAAAUAAUUGAAUCCCCCUAGCUUUUCAUGAUUCCGCGGAAUGUACCGUGUCUCCCAUAAGCUGCUGUUUCCCUGCGAACUGCGUUUUUAUUUGUUUUAAUUUUUUUUUUUGGUGAAUAUUCAGUAUAUUACAGAAUUAUGUAAGGAUCACAAUCAAUCUCCAACAUCUUUGCGGGGUAAACCCUAUCAGAUGCGGCUGUAAUACUGCUGGCACUUGCAUGGCUGAACGUGCUGUGACAGAAGAAAGUUUAAUGACAGGAACACCCAGAGGGAAAUUGUCACUGAACUUGUCUUUGCGUGCUGAAAAGUUGCAGAAGGCUAGAAAAGCGUGCAGGACAAGCCGGUAAGCAGUGUUGGGAGAAUGCUGUACCAUUCUUUUGCUUGUUUUCUCUUGCCCACGGAAUCCCGCGGAUUUGUAAGAAUCCCGCAGAUUUGUAAAUAUCACUUUGCGUAAAUGUUAAUUGUCCACCGCUGAAAUGCUUGGGGCUUAAAUUGUCACGUUUAAUGCCCAGGUUUGAACCAUUGCUAUGCUCGUAGUCAAUGCUCCAAGAAGAAAGCGCAAAGCAUCAAACCAUGAUUGUGUAUUGUAUGAGGCUUGUGAGAAUGCAGAGAAAUUCUUAGGAAGUUUAUCACACUGUAUUGCCCUGAAAAAAAUAAGAUCCACACAGAACACACCGGGUAUCCAGCUGCUCCCGAGGCUUCAGAAACGGGCUCACUCAGUAAUUGUGGUGUCUAGCAUUGCCUAGUGGGCGUGACAUAGUAGAAACAGCAUACGCUGUCCAAUAAGUGUAAAUCUCAUUAUUCGUUUCUCCUAGAAGUUGUUAGGCUUUCAUUAAAUCCCUAAAAGCUGUGAAACCUCUAUACCCUGAACGCAGGAAAGCGCAACUGUUCAAUGCGUUACGCUGCAUUGUCUUUACUGAAGCAAAGUUCAUGUUUGCAUAACAUGACUGAAGAGCAUGUAGAAGGCUGUGAAGGUUGCGCAGACCUCGAAAAAAUACGCAUCUUACAUUCCUGAACAAUCAUUAUACUGUACUACUAGGUGGCAAAAAGAAUCUGUGACAGGACACAUCUUGUGUAUAUUCUACAAAGACCAAAAGCUUUCUCUCCCCAAAAGAAAAAGCAAAUGUCCUACCGGUCGGAGAAACCAACAGUGAAACAUAAGCCUUAGUGUAUUCAUCAUGUGGUAUUUUAUAAUAGGCUUUGGAAUAUGUACCCAACUUGAACAAGUCCUGGAGGCAGUACAGUGGCAGCACUGUGUGGUUUGAUGCUUUUGAAUCUUUGAAAAAAAAAAAUACUCUGAAAGUGAAAAGUGGCAUUGAAGUUAAUUUUUGGAAAAAGUUCGGUCCACAUCGGGACAUGUUUUCCUGUUAGAAUACAUUUAUGGAGGUGCUCAAGCAUAGUCCACAAGCAGAACAGUAUGAUACAUAUGCUUAUGUCACCGUUGCUGCUUCACCGUGGUGUGUAUGCGUGCCAAAGUGCAAAUUCAGCCUCUAAUACAAGCACUGCGCAUUCAACACAUCCACUUAGCAUCUUGUGUUCAUCUGAAACACAGGAAGCACACUUUUUUUUAUUUUCUGCCUGCAGGAGGGAUAGGCAUCAGUGUUUUAACUGGCUGUGCAAAGAAUCUUUGAAGAAAUGCUUAAUUUUUGGUAAGCUUGUCAUACGAACGGCGAAGAAGAACAAGACACAGACAACGACAAGCACUUACUGGCCGUUGUCGUUGUCGUUGUCAGACAUCCGUAGACUGUUAGAAAAGGGAAGGGAAGGGAUGCAGACAUGCUGGGGCAUACUGAAAUCAGGAUUCAGAGACGUAGAGCAAUAAGGACAAUACAAGAGACAAUUUGUUCUGUGCUGGCCUUAUUGUUCCGUGACUCUGGGUUCCUAUUUCAGUAUAGUUUGCUGUAGUUAAAUUUUUGGACUGCUUUACUCUUGAUUUUGUGAGCAACAGAAGUGAGAAAGAUGGGUGUUUAGUGUUGUGCCUUGGUGCACAGGCAAGGACAUGGACUCAAGUGCCCCCAAAAAAUUCAGCGAACUUCAUGGUUCGUUCCAAACUGAACUUCAGGAUAUCGACUACGAAUCCACUUCAGGAUAUCAUAUUCAUUUCUACAUAUGCUCAAAGUCUGAUCUGGUGCCUUAUCUACACACCGUCAGUAUUAGUGUACCUGGCAUUUGCUCACGUGGGACCUGAUUUAAAAAAAAAAAAAUGACGUGAGCGUUGAGGUUGCCAAACAUCGCGCAAUCUGAUACCAUUCAGAAAAGUCUCAAGCACACCUUCCUUACAGUUACAGAAAGACGUAAAGUACAUGUCAAAAGAUAAAGUUUUAGUGGAAAUAAUUUUUUUCAUUCUUUCGAGUCAAUGUGUGCACAUCCGUCACAUGUAUGUGUGGGUGCGGCUCACCCUGAAGGUCAGGACCAAGGAGGGAUUACCGAUGGGCGACGGACGAGGGUGGGGUUUCGUGUUUCUGAGAUUGUCACUCUACAUUAGGAUGCGACUUUCGUUGGAUUUGCAAACUUUGCACGUUAUGCUUAGAGCCUGGAGUUUUAGGGUUUUUCCCGAUUCUUCCCCGAAUUUGCACCCCGAAUUGAAGGUUGCCUAUUUAGGGUGAAACCCAAUUUUUACCUGGCAAACUGCCCUCACUGGGACAUCUAUAGGAAGGCACUAACUUAAUUGUUUGGCAGCAAAUGCAGUUACAUCACCGUUUGUACCAAACCGCUACAGUUAGUUUGAGUAGCUGAGCCCGAUUUCUCCCCGAAUUUAGCAUACUGGAAGUUUUUCCACCCGAAUUCGCAUGAAUUUAGUGCACACGUUUGUUUACCCGAUUUUAACCCCCCGAAUUUCGAAAAAAAUAUUUCCCGAAAACUUCAGGCUCUAGUUAUGCUCUUGCCACUGUUGUCUGUACAGAUGACAUUCCUACCAACCCUCCACCUGUAACUUGAGUUGAUAAAACUUGCGCGAGAUUGUCACGUGUCCAUUAGUAAUGUAUCACGCACACUUUUAUCUUUGUUUCGUGACAUUGCUUUACUAGCUGUAUUUAGGGUGCAUUUUGUGACUACAUGUGUUGAAGUGUCAUAUGUCUGUUAUUUUUGUCUUUGCAAUAUGUGUUAGUGCAUAGAAAAGACACUUUGCGUUACCACAUAAACAGGAUUAUAGGUCAAUUCUGUGAAGUAGAAAAGAAGAGCAAACGAAAAAAGAAAAAGCAUUGCCUAUUGACCGACUCAUGGACAGUUUUUUUAAACAACAAAACAGGACAAUUUUCCAUGCCUAAAUUUUUUGGGAAAAAGAAUGUCGACCUAUAGUCUGGUUUAUGUAGCAGGUUUAUGAGCUGUUUUGUUAAUAUGGAGUAAUAUGUUUGCAUUUGUUGUGAUGGCCUCAGAUUUUCUUUUGCGAGGCGGAGAUUUUUAAAGUUUUACAGGACUAGCCAUCUAGUAUUGUUAUGUUUGUGAGAUUUUUAUCAUUGUGAUGCAGUAGGUAUGUGUCAGCAUACAGUAACGUAAGAUGACAGUACACGCUUCUAUGUCUGCAGUGAAUUUGCGCCAUCUUAUGCACCACAUUUGUUUCUGUGUGUGCUGAGGUACCUUAUUUUGACUAAGAAAAAGUAAUACAUGGCAUAUACUAUAUAUUACAUAUAUUUCUUAAAUAGUUAGCUGCUAUCGGGUGAUAUAAUUGUUACUUAAAAAGGGAACCACUGUUCCCAUUCACUCUGCAUGUCAUAGCUUUUAGGCAUUUUGCCUGAUCUUGCAUCAGCAUUGUUGUGACAUGAACAUUAAGUUACACAGCACAUAUGAAGAUUACUGCAUCCACACGUGCUGCCAUAGGGGUCGGAACCUAGCGACUGUUCUUGUGUCGCUAGGUUCUAUAGCGCUGGUUGUGUGCUAGUAACCAGUACUCUUGAAUUGGUAUUUUCUUUUGUGGUAUACCUGAGGAAUCCUAGUGUGAACACACUUAAAUAUGUUGUAGACAAGGCUUUAAACACACAAGGAAGUGUUAAGGGAAGAACCGCAGGACACAAGCCGCCAAUAUUUUAACAGAAACUGCUCUUCUUUGCGGCUUUAUAAAAUGUGUGCUUCAUGCAAAAGCAUGGUGCUCUUGCCAGCCAUGUGCAAAUACGAAUAGCAAGUAAAUUUUGAAGAAUACAGAUGUCUAUUGACAGGGAAAGAAGACAGAUAUCUGGUAUGUCUGAGUAUUGCAUACCUGAUUGUGUAAAAAUGAAAACCAGCAGAGCACUUAGUGUGAAUCAUAAUUUCAUUAUUCACUUUUUUUUCAUGAAAUCUUCAUUUCAAAACUACCACUUUUUUUUUUCAGGGGAAGGGUAGCAUUUGUAUUUAUAACCAUAGUAGUGUGCAAACAACCAUGUGCCACAAAAUUAUGUUCCAAACAUCGUCAAAACUCUGAAUGCUAUAAAAAAAUUAAAGCUGAAUAUUUUUUUUUGUACUGUCAAUUACUCUCUGAGGGUUCAUCCCACACCACAGUGGGAAGGUGUAUAAAGCAGAACGUAGUUGAGAUCCACAUUGUAGAAUUUUUGCAAGAAAAUCAGGCAGGAGGGUGGGUGGAGUUCGGGGGCCUACCUGGGAUGUUGCGGUUGUCCUUUCCAUGAAACAUUAGAUUCACUCUUUCCACCCUACAGCUAUUGGCUUUUGCCUGAAAUAUGCACGUUGUUGCUUGGGGUACAGUUCAUAUCGCUUAUUUUGUAUAUUGAUUCGACAAAACACAGCACAUUACAAAAACAUCUAUAAAAUGUAUAUUCUCCAGCUGUAGCUAGUACAAAUAUGUACCCUCGAAAGAAAUUUGUUUUGUUUGUUGUCAUUUUAGCUCAUGUCAUCUCAACAAAAGAAGGAUCCGUACAGAGAAACGUGCAGAUUUUAUCGAAAAUGUGGCCAUCUCAGGGAGAACAAUGUCGGCUCAAUUGCAUUUCAGGGAGACAUUUCACUCUCAUUCUAUUCUAAUUUUGUACCACACAAAGUUCUUGUAUACUUGCCUGCUGCUGCUCGAUUCGCGAACGUUUAUUGUUGUGUAAUAUCACGUAAUUUUGCAGUGUGUCCAUGGAACUGUAAUGGCACACAAGGGAUGUACAUUCUAUAUUUUAUAGCAUUUUACAUUCGCAACUCGAAAAUAGGGUCUGACUUUUUUUGGGUGAAACCCGAUACUUCCCUCCUGAAUUCGUUUCAGACAAAUUUGGGUUAAACCCUAUUCCUUCCCGAAUUCCGAUCACGUAUUGUGUUGUGUCGUGUAUCACGUACAUGAUUGGUAGCAAUCUGCGAACACAUCUGAUGAAAAUACCAUCUGAGUGCAACAAUAAACUAUGCGAAGCACAUUUAAUGUUACGUCAUGUGGUGUUUAUGACUACGAGUCACUAUGAACGCACAUUCGACCAACAUGUGCACCUCUAACUAGAUGUCGCAUGCUGGACAGAAAAAAAGUACCCAACAACACAAGAUUGUAUUAAUAGCACCCGAUUUUACCCCGAAUUUCAGGUUUCAAAAUAGCACCUGAUUCCCCCCGAAUCCGAGAAAGACAUUGAACCCAAACAAGUCAUGGGGUCUUGCUUUUUGUGGGUAAAACCCAGAUUUCCCCAGAUUUAUUCACUCCUGAAUUGGUUUAGGAUCGGCCGAGGUUAAACCCGAUUUCACCCCAAAUUCCAGUCAUGUAUCAGGUUUUACCACCUAUCAUGCGCACUAUUUACUAGAGCAAUUAAUACGAAUGUGUGUACGUGAUUGCAACAAGUAUGCGGAACACCUUUUGUGUUUGUUUGUUUGUUUGUAACGGAAAAAAAAACGGAGAAAUUGAACUGGUCUUCUGACUUGUUCUGCUACUCCUAACAUAAAUUCUCACCCCGACCCCACCCCCCCACUCCCCAAAAAUGCUUCCAUGUGUUCUACUCGCAAGUUCGCUAUUCACUAGGCACAUGUUCGCUAUUCAGAACUCCACUAUUCACAUGUUCACUAGCAGUCUGCUAUUCACAAUUAUUCACUAUUCACAUGUUCACUAGAAGUCCACUAUUCAUAAUUAUCACAAGAUCAUGCACAGACGAUCCUAAAAGGUGGUGUCCAUCCUACUACUCUGAACAAAUUUCACAAGUGCCGCCAAGGCAGCAUCCCUCGUGUUCGGUGCCCAAAGUCCCAGCACCUUCGCUAUACUAAAGGCACUGCUGUCUAGUCGAGCAAGUGUAGCUUUCAGGGUAGCUCUUUGAGAUGCAUACCUAGUGCAGUGCAUUAUAAUAUGCUCACUAUUCUCCACCGUUGCACAAACCGAACAAUUCGAUGAGUUGGGUUUUCUAACUUUAUGAAGAAAAUGACGGCCAUAAGCCACAUUCAACCGACAGCGGCGUAAAAACACACCACACACAUUUUGUGUUACAACAUGCACGUGGUGCUGGCUCCUAUGAAUCACAAGGUAUGUAUGUUUGACGAGGCAUAGGAUGGGAUAUGCACAUUAACCGCAGGCGGCUUGCUGGACAGAAAGCAAAAAAAAAAAAGAGACUAUAGAACCCAAAAUGUAUCAGUAGCACCUGAUUUCACCACAAAUUGCAUAUUAAAAAAAAAAAAAAAACGCUUUCUUUUUCGAACCAGUAAAGGUGUUUACCUGAAAAAGUCAUACCCUACCUAUAAAGUGUUACCCCUUUCGGUGAUGUGUGUGCCUUGUUUUGCUGUCUGCUGGGGAAAUGUCCACCAUUGAUGAAUGUUUGCACAUACUUUGUUUCACUAUGCAUAAAGGUUUUUAAAAGAUA